AUAUCCACAUAAUUAAAAUACAUAAAAUUAAAGACAAAAAUUCAUGCAUUCUCACAAUUAAAAGUAAAUAGUUCUGGGUUUUCCCCCUCCGUACUCACUUUGUCUGUUGACGUCAUGCGAACAUUUCGCGCCUUGUGGUUUUGUGCACGAGAAAAUCAUUCGAACAGACUAUUCCAGGCGCAGAAGGCCACGGACGAUUGACAGGGGAAGACGUGCAAUAUAAACGAAAAUGGCAGAACAGGCAAGAGAAUAUGUAUGGGCAUGCGAACUGAACAAAGACAAACCUACUUUCGUAUUCUCUUUCAAAGAGGAGGAUGAGGAUGAAGAUUAUCUCAUUCACACACUGUUUCUUAAAAAUGCGGUUCUCGGAGCUUCAGCGGUGGAAAAUGAGAGGAAUAUUGUACAGAUGGAAACUAAAAAUUCCAACAGAAAGGAUUUUAAGGCCCCAAUUCUGUCACUGACCACGGGAAAAACGGACAUGUGUUUGCUAGAUUUAAGUUUUGGUGAGGAGGUGACGUUUAGACUAGUGGAGGGGUCAGGUCCUGUGUUUCUCUCUGCCCAAGAACUCAUUGAAUACCCAGAAGAAAAUAUGGGUCAGGAUGAAGAUCUAGAAGAUUAUACAGAGACUGAGGAGGAGGAUCUGAAGGAAACUGAUGAGGAAUCGCCAAAGAAAGAAGCCACAAGUAAGAAGAGGAAAGCUUUGGCAGCAAAAGGAAAAGGCAAAGCCAAGAAGAAAAAGGUGGAAACGGAAUCGGAAAGUGAAGACGAGGAGGAUGAUGAUGUUGAGGAGGAGGAGAUGGAGAGUGAUGGGGAUGAGGAGGAAGAUGAGGAAGAAGAGGAAGUCAGUAGUAGUCCAGAGAAAAAGAAAAGCUCAAAAAAAGACACCAAUGCCAAGAGUGGAAGGAAAGUCGUAAAGAAGGGGAAAAGUGUUAAAAAGGGCAAGAAAUAGGCUUCGCGAGCUUCAUAAAAACCGACCAUUGUUCAAGUCUACAUAAUAAACAUGCUCAACCUUCA